GCUGAGGGGCGGCCGGCGGUGCCGAGGUCCGCGUUCCACGGCGGCUGUGGGGUUGCUCCUGCCCCGGCCCCGCCACUCCUGCCUGGCUCCCGCAGGUUGAUAUCCUGAGUACGGGUGCUGUCCCCGCAGGGUGGUGUAGCACCGUGCUCUGUGGAAGCCCAGGUCCUGAGCUGACUUUCCUCACUGCAGAGGGCACCUGGAGGGACACUACCGGGGGCACUCCCUAUCCUGGCUCUGGAUGUGCAUCACAUCACUUUGGCAGGGCAGAGGUAUGGCUAGAUGACAGCUGAGGAUGUGCUAUGGAGCCGGGAUUCAACUGCUCUGAGCUCUGUGAUGGCAGCUCCAGUUUUGGCAGCCAGGAACAGCAGCAGAGGGUGCUGCAGGAGCUCUGCACUGUGACAGUGACAUCUUUUGACCACAGUAUGAAGAGUUCCCCAUCCUUCUCUGGUGGUCUCCUGGGAGUUGUGUGGACAUUCCUGACUGGAGGAGUCCUGUUAGCACUCUUCUUUCUCAUCUUCACAAUUCGCUUCAGGAAAAACAGGAUUGUGAAGAUGUCCAGCCCCAAUCUCAACAUUGUGACGCUGCUGGGCAGUAGCUUAACUUACACAAGUGCUUACCUCUUUGGGAUUAAGGAGCAGAGCCUGCCAUCUGGACACUCAAUGGAAAAGCUUAUUCAGGUGAGGCUGUGCCUGCUGUGUGUGGGGACCUCCCUGGUGUUUGGCCCUGUCCUGGGGAAGAGCUGGAGGCUUUACAAGGUGUUCACCCAGCGGGUGCCAGACAAGCGGGUGAUUAUCAAGGACCUGCAGUUGCUGGCGAUGGUGGCAGCAUUGGUGCUGGCAGACACUGUCUUGCUCUUGACAUGGGUGUUCUCUGAUCCAGUCCAGUGCUUCCAAAGCCUCAGCAUCGCACUGCGGGCAACAGAGAAAGGCAUGACAUGCUCCGUGAGCCGGGUCCAGUCCUGCGCAUCGCUCUAUUCCGAUCUUUGGCUUGCUCUCAUUUUAGGGUUUAAGAGUAUCCUCCUGCUAUAUGGGACCUACUUGGCUGGUCUGACUGACAAUGUCAGCUCCUCACCAGUCAACCAGUCCUUGACACUCAUCGUCGGAGUCAACCUUGUUUUCCUGGCUGCUGGCACCACCUGCUUAAUUCACCGCUUCUUCCAUACUUGGCACAAUUUGCUGUUUGGUUUUACCUCUGGAGGCAUCUUUGUGUGCACAACCACGAUCAACUGCUUCAUCUUUGUCCCACAGCUCAAGCAGUGGAAAGCCUUUGAAGAAGAAAGCCACACCAUGAGCCACAUGGCAAAAUAUUUCACCAGCCCAAGCAGGAGCUGCCACUCUGUGUACAGCGAAGAGCAGCUCUACCAUCUCAUAGGAGAGAAAAACUCUAUGAAGCAGCUGCUCACCGAGAAAAAUGCCGUGAUUGAAAGCCUGCAGGAGCAAGUGAGCAGUGCCAAGGAGAAGCUGAUGAGGCUGAUGUCUGCGGAGAGCAGCUGUGACCCCCGUGCGCUGCCAGCAGCUCCCUGUACCUGGAGCUCAGGGCAGCCUGGAGAUGCACCAGGGGACUGCUGCCCCCCAGAUCCAGAGAGGGAUGGGUGGCUGCCCCGCUGCUUGCUGGGCACAUCACCUCUUGGCAGCAAUGCCCAGGCCCUCCAGAAACAUGCAACCCGGGAGCCUGUUUGCUCCCAGAUGCUGCUUUUUAAUACAGGGGACAGCACUGAAUGUGGCCUGAAAGAGGUCCAACAGUGUGGGACACCUGCAGUGCAAGGGCAGCAGCCAAAUCAGGACAGCUCAGCUGGUGUAGCCUGGGAGUCGUCCCCCAAAGUCAGCUAUGUAAACAGCAAUAAGCUGUGGGAAAUCUUGCAAGAGUUAAGCCUGGAUGCCAAAAACUACAGCCCAGCCUUAUCUGCAGGGCCCCCAUUUGGCAACCAAGGCACCUCAGGCAAGCAGGGAGAAACAUGGGUGGGUCAGGAGGGCUAUCCAAGCAUUCACACACGCUACCUGGCAAAGCAUCAUCUGAGGAUCACAUUGCCCCCUGCCUCCACAUUCUUUCCUGGACCUGUAACCUCUCAUACCAGCUGCAGGGUGAAGGAGGUUGGCAGCUGGGGUCGUGGGGAGUCAGCGCAUAACUCCCUGGGAACGGGAGGGAAGAUGGCUGGCAGAGGGCUCCUUCACCUUCCAGCACCAUCCCCUUCAGAAAUCCCAAGGGAGGCCAGCCUCCAGCCAGAGGGAUGGCUGGGAUGGCCCGAGUCCCAGGGUGCUUCAUCAUGCAUCCCACAGGAGCAGCAGAGGUGGGAGGGCACCCUGAGGGGACCCGCUGAGCCCUCCCUGCACUCACUGUACUAUUACCCAGACUCUGACUCCAGCAGCAGCAGCUCUGAGGAGAUGUUUCAUGGGUGCCACCGACCCUGCUGCAAGGUUUGCUUCCAGAGCCCACGUGGCUCCCUGGACAGCAGUAGCAUGGACAUGGACAUAGAGCCCAUGGACUGUGACAAUCACCAGACUGAGCGCCACGGCAGGACCCAGCCUGUAGUGAAUUUCAAAGACGAUCUGAAACCCACUUUUGUGUAACUGGGAGCACCCCUGCCCCAAAGGCAAGUGCCCUCCCACCCCUGCAACACUGCAUGUUUUCAGCAAUGCUAAAAGCACACAUCCUUCUGGGGAAUGUGCCUUGCCCCUUCCAGAUUUGCAGUGUCAGCCCCAGCCUGGUCAGCUGUUACUGCAGCCUGAGUUUGGCUGGGAGGGGGAUUGGCAGCACUCAGGGAGGUGGUGGUGGUGGCUUUGUGCUGGCUACUCUGGGCAGGUGCCUGUGUCCCGCAGGUAGCCGGCAGUUCUGUCCAUCAUAGUGCCAGCAGUGGAGAAACAGGGGCUGGGGGUCUGUGAGAGCCCAAACUUAUCUCCUCAGAGAACUUUACCUGUGAGACCUGCAUGAUUCACACUGGCAGGGAGCAGUAUCCUGCCUCAGAAACAACUGCUGCUUCUUACACACCACUUCAUAUGGACCAACAGAGGACUCCUCCUGAGGCUGCCCAAGCAGAGCAUCCUACUGGCAUCAUCCCCAGCUUAGGAUGGGAGACAGACACCAGAAGCGGUUGCAGGCUGCCACUCACCUGGGGUGGGCUGCUUCCAAGCAAAGCAAGGACUUUGGAAUAGGGUGUGCAUCACAAACUUUUGGGUUUUGGUGGGUUUUUUGUAGCCUCUGAAUGAGAAAAUGGAGUCCAGAUGUGAUGUCCAUGGAGGUGUCUUUGAAUUUUGUAUUUUUCAGGUGCAUUGUUGUAGGUGAGACUCAGGUCAGUGCUGAAGGGAAAGACAACCUAGCCAUUGUAAAGGAGGAUCUGAAAAGGGGUUUCUUCUUUUACCUUCAUUUCUGGGUCUUGUGCCCUUCUGUCUUUGUAUGGAUGAUGUAGUCUGGAAUAAGGUUUGUUUAAAUUAAUAUGCUCUGUUUAAUUUUUAUCUUAGAACACCAGGAACAGUAAA